AAAGGUACAGUAUGUUUGUCAAUUACAUCUGUGUUUUGGAGUAGCUACAAAGGUCGCAUUCAAUAUCUGAAAAAAUUUAAAUAAUAUAAAAAAAAAUGGGUAAAUGUUGUGUUCCUUUUUGUAAAGAAAAAGCAACUUUCACUUUUCCCAAAGAUGAAAAACGUCGGGUCCUUUGGGAAAAAGCAAUUAGUGUAAAUUUUCGGUCUUCGAAGUCAUCGAGGUUAUGUUCUAACCAUUUCGAAAAAGAUGUUAUUGUUGAAAAAAAUGAAAGUUAUUAUACAGGAAUUAAAUCUUUUAGAAAAACUUUGAAACCCAAUGCUGUACCAACACUGAUGUUGGAGCUAGAAAUCGAGAAAUCUAAGCGUUCACAAAAAAUCCGAGAAGCUCUUUUUGAAGAUAAUUCUAAUGAUUCUAAUUCGUCACUGUGUUUGUCUCUUUUAGAUAACUCACCGUUUAUUUAUGAAUGUUGUUCAACAGAUAAGGAAACAAGUCUGAUUGAUGCACCAACAAGAAAUAAUGCAUUACCUUUGUUAUCAAAUAAUAAAAAAAAAGUUUCUGAGCACUUAUAUAAUACGGAACAUCCAGGUUCAUCAAUUCAAGAAGAUUAUCAGACAUCUGAAAAUUUAAUUUUAUCAUCCGUUAUUUUAGAUAACUUAAUAAUCCCAGAUAUGUCGAAUAUAUCUGAAGUUUCUUGUAAUAUUGAUAUACAAAUGGAAGAGGUAGUGUCAAUGUCGACUCCUGAAAUUAAUCAAAAAGAUAAAGUGGAAUCAACAGAAUUAAAAUCUUCGCAAGUAAAACAAGGAGGAUCAUCUAUAAACAACAAGAAAACUUACAGUUCUAUUGGUAUUCAAGCUGGUCGUGGACCUCUGUCAGUUAAUUCAAUUUCUCACAGGGAUGAUGUCAUACAUUAUUAUACUGGACUGGGAACUUACGCUAAAUUUCAAUUCGUGUACAGAACAUUGAAUGAUUAUGUACAGCACAUCAAAUAUGUCAAAGGACAAGUAAAUUGUGUAGAACCAGAAGAUAUGUUUUUGUUAACACUUAUGAAAUUGCGAAGAAACAUUCCAGAUUUUGGAUUAAGUUUUUAUUUUGGAAUCAGUGAAGCUGUUGUCCGUAAUAUUUUUAGUACUUGGAUUCAUUACAUUUACCAACUGUGGUCAUUGCUCGAUACUUGGCCAUCCCGGGAAGUCGUCGACUUUUACAUGCCAGAAGGCUUUAAAAAAUUUUAUCCGUCAACAAGAGUCAUUGUUGAUGCUACUGAGAUGCCUAUUGAUAAACCAUCUAAUCCAAUAGCUCAACAAGCCACAUUUAGUACAUAUAAAAAUAAAAAUACCGUAAAAGUUUUGGUGGGAGGAACACCUGAUGGUAUCUUAUGUUAUCACUCAGCAGCAUAUGGUGGAAGUACCAGUGAUAGGCAAAUCGUAGAGAGAUCGAAUCUUAUUCAAAAAUGUCAAAAAGGUGAUUCUAUUAUGGCAGAUCGUGGAUUUAAUGUUCAAGAUAUUUUCGAAUCUCAAGGAGUAACGAUCAAUAUACCUCAUUUUCUAAAAGGCAAACAACUUCCCAGUGUUACAGUUUUAUCCGAUAGAAAAUUAGCAUCUAAGAGGGUACAUAUUGAACGAUUGAUAGGGCUAACAAAGACUUAUAAAAUUUUACGAGAGCCUUUGAACCCUAGCUAUACGCGCCUAGCGACGAAAAUAUUUUCAAUAUGUCUAAUGUUGUGUAAUUUUCGUGAAUCUGUAGUUAGCUCAAUCGCAUGAACCAAACAUUUUCAGAAAAUUUAAAAAAAUUUUGUGAAACAAUUGUAUAAUUAUACAAUAAUGAAAG